AUCCCCACCCACUCUGAACACUGAAGCAGAACUGAAACCAGGCACAGCUCUGCUGAAAUCAAUUAACAGACUAACCGGAAAAACACCUCUGUACUCUGGAAUACAAGAUCACAAAAGUAGGGGACAUGUGUGGAAUCUGAAGGCGGAUUUUUAAAGAAAUCACCGGACAGACGAUAAGAAAGGGCUGCGCUGCGAGUCUGGUUCAGGUUUUCACUAGCUGGUUGUGUGACGCAGAUUGUGGACUGAAUACAUCGAGACGGGACGAUGAGUGAACUGGAACAGUUGCGGCAGGAAGCAGAGCAACUGCGAAACCAAAUUAGAGAUGCCCGGAAAGCAUGUAGUGAUUCCACUCUGUCCCAGAUCACAGCUGGUCUGGAUUCUGUGGGUCGGAUCCAGAUGAGAACACGACGCACGCUGAGGGGUCAUUUAGCCAAAAUCUACGCAAUGCACUGGGGAUCAGACUCCAGGCUACUUGUCAGUGCUUCUCAAGAUGGCAAACUAAUUAUUUGGGACAGUUACACAACAAACAAGAUGCAUGCCAUUCCUCUGAGGUCAUCCUGGGUCAUGACCUGUGCUUAUGCUCCCUCUGGAAACUAUGUUGCCUGUGGUGGCUUAGACAACAUUUGCUCAAUAUACAGCCUAAAAACCAGAGAGGGCAAUGUUAGAGUCACCAGAGAGUUACCUGGGCAUACAGGUUAUUUAUCUUGCUGUCGUUUUUUGGAUGACAACCAGAUUGUGACCAGCUCGGGAGACACAACCUGUGCUUUAUGGGACAUUGAGACUGGCCAACAGACUACCACGUUCACAGGCCACACUGGAGACGUCAUGAGCUUGUCCCUGAGCCCUGACAUGAAGACAUUCGUAUCUGGUGCUUGCGACGCUUCGUCUAAACUGUGGGACGUUCGAGACGGAAUGUGCAGGCAGUCAUUUACUGGCCAUGUGUCUGAUAUCAAUGCUGUUUGUUUCUUCCCCAAUGGAAAUGCCUUCACCACAGGCUCAGAUGAUGCCACCUGCCGGUUGUUUGACCUGCGGGCCGACCAGGAGUUAAUGAUGUACUCCCAUGACAACAUCAUCUGUGGAAUCACCUCUGUAGCUUUCUCAAAAAGUGGCCGCCUCUUGCUUGCAGGCUACGAUGAUUUCAACUGCAACGUGUGGGACACCUUGAAGGGAGAGCGUGCUGGUGUUCUUGCUGGCCAUGAUAACCGUGUGAGCUGUUUAGGAGUUACUGAUGAUGGCAUGGCUGUAGCCACAGGAUCUUGGGACAGUUUCCUUCGAAUCUGGAAUUAACCAGGUUGAGGGAUACAAAGGUUAACUAUAUGUCCUCCACUGAGAUCCAGGGGGAGUCACUGCUGCAGCCUACAGCUGUGAGAAAGUAAUGUUCUUUCUACCUUGUAUUUCCAGGUGAAGUUUUUUCUAUUCACUUACUACACAAAGGUUUCAGUAAAUAGUCCAAUCGAAUGAAGAAAUGAAAAAUUAACCCUGGCAAACCUCUGACUUUUGACAGGGGCUAGCAUGUUACCAUGGUGACCAAGAAGCUAGGAGCCAGUCAUUGUUGCAUAUAUAACAAUUUUUUUUGUUUGUUGUUUUUUUGCCCCGACCACAGAUUUGGUGUGUGUGGUGUUGUUGUGUUUUUUUUUUUUUUCUAAUUCUCAAACAUUUUAGUUUGUACAUACAGAAUGUACACCAAAUAGUAGCCAACCAUUUGUCUGUAUGCAAAAAAAACGAAACUUUUUUUUGUAAGAAUUACGUUUUUUAGCUUGUAUUUAACCUGAGACGUCACACUUUGGUUGUGGAUGAACUGAUUGCUGUUAUACAAUUUGUUAGUGGAUUACUUAACUUUGGAUAAAGGUUAGCCUUGUUUUGUGUUAAUAUUUGCCAGCUAUUUUGAUAAUGGUUGCUUGAAACUUAAUCUGGUCGUGCCUCUUUGGUGAUGAAUACAGUAUUUAUGAUAGUUUCUUCUUACUGCCCCACCAUUUGAAUAUGUGGCUCUCUUUUUCAUUGCUUUGUUUGGGUUAAUACAGAAAAUGAUCAAGACUGGAAAAACAACUCUUGGUCUUUACAUUUAUUAUUAUUUUUUUUUUUUUCAAAUUUUAAAUGAAUGGCAUAUUUAUUAUUAAUUAUACUGAAAUUUACUGAGCUAUUAAUAAUCCCCCCCCCAUACAGUAGUUGGCUCGCUUCUGGCAGUCUGGUAUCUUCCUAUUGAUGCAAGUUUUAAAAUACUCUCAUGAAAAGCGCUGCAGUACUGUUGCCAGGACUUCGAAGUGUGCUCUGCAGAAGUUAGUUCAGUCUUUUCAGAGCAGGUUUGAAUCUCUGCUCAGACACAGAUCUACUGAAUAAUUUGACCUUGACUAGGUUAAGGCAGCAGGACCACGUUUAAAUUCAGAAUCUGAAUCUGUUUAGUUAUAAUUUCCUUUGUUCUAACUUUACUUUUUGAGUUAUUUUAGUAUAUGAGUGCCAGUAUUGGCUAAUUUGUAUAAUGUAGCAUGAUAUGUAGUUAUUCCUGCUGAUGCAGGGAUUUUCCUCAGCAUUCAAUAAGAAGACCGCAGAUAGCCAAAGCCCCUCCUGAGCCUUCAUUUAGCAUUACCUC